GGCAGCACUGCCGCGAAUUCACCACCCUGAAGCAGAAGAGAGGGGAGAAGACGAGUUGGAAAACACAGUGAAAGAGUGCAGAAGAAGUGUGAAAUUGUUGGGAAAUGGCAUCUAAUGGGGCCCAGUUUGAUCCUCUGAGGGACAAGUCCCUGCAGGACUACCGGAAGAAGCUGCUGGAGCACAAGGAGGUGGAGUCGAAGCUGAAAGAGAUGCGAGAGCAGCUGAAGGAGCGCACGAAGCAAUUCGACAAGUCGGAGAAUGAUCUGAAGGCCCUGCAGAGUGUCGGGCAGAUUGUGGGCGAGGUUCUUAAGCAACUCACAGAGGAUAAAUUCAUCGUGAAGGCGACAAAUGGUCCGCGUUACGUUGUGGGUUGUCGUCGUCAGUUGGACAAGACGAAGCUGAAGUCUGGAACGCGAGUGGCGCUGGACAUGACCACUCUGACGAUCAUGAGAUAUCUUCCACGCGAAGUGGAUCCUCUGGUCUACAACAUGUCUCACGAGGAUCCCGGAGAUGUGACGUAUUCGGCCAUCGGUGGUCUGUCUGAGCAGAUUAGAGAAUUGAGGGAAGUCAUCGAGCUGCCUCUGCUCAAUCCUGAGCUCUUCCUCAGAGUGGGAAUCACGCCGCCGAAAGGGUGUCUUCUCUACGGGCCUCCAGGCACUGGGAAAACCCUGCUAGCCAGAGCUGUGGCCUCUCAGUUGGACGCGAACUUCCUCAAAGUCGUCUCCAGUGCGAUUGUGGACAAGUAUAUCGGCGAGAGCGCUCGCUUGAUUCGCGAGAUGUUCAACUACGCCCGAGAUCAUCAGCCGUGCAUCAUCUUCAUGGAUGAGAUCGACGCCAUCGGCGGCAGGCGAUUCUCCGAGGGCACGUCGGCGGAUCGUGAGAUUCAGCGCACGCUCAUGGAGCUGCUCAACCAGAUGGAUGGCUUCGAUUCUCUGGGACAGGUGAAGAUGAUCAUGGCCACCAAUCGUCCGGACACUCUCGAUCCGGCGCUGUUGCGUCCCGGGCGUCUCGACAGGAAGAUCGAGAUUCCACUGCCCAACGAGCAGGCGCGCCUGGAGAUCCUGAAGAUCCACGCGCUGCCCAUCGCGAAGCACGGAGAGAUUGAUUAUGAGGCCGUGGUGAAGCUCUCGGACAACUUCAACGGCGCCGACUUGAGGAAUGUCUGCACCGAAGCUGGUCUCUUCGCGAUCCGCGCCGAGCGGGAGUACGUCAUCCAGGAGGACUUCAUGAAGGCAGUGAGGAAGGUGGCGGACAACAAGAAGCUGGAAAGCAAACUGGACUACAAGCCGGUAUAAUCAAUUCACAAUAAUCACUGCUUAUCUGAUAAAUGAAUAAUAAAGGAGAAAUUUUUAUGAGUAAA